AUGAAGAGGAUGUCCUUUUCAGAAGCUGAUGUCCGCAACCUAUCUCUAGCCAAGAUGAGCGCUCGUGAGGCGGCGUGCUGUUGGCUGCAAGCCAAUAGCCAUUGGAGGGAUUGGAUCCCGAUGAAACCACUUUGCAGAUCUGGAACGGUCGCACAUCCAUUGGGCUAUUGCGUGGAGUGUCUGGGAGGCUCCAGCUGCCAAGACGGACGGAUGACCUUGCAGCCGGGCUUUUACGCUCACCAGGAUUCGCCGGGUGAGGUUUUCCAAUGCUUCGACGACGUGCUGCCCAAGCUGCGCUGUCCCGGCGGAGCGCCGGGCCGUUGCGCGGUGGGCCGCGAUCCCAAGAGCUUGGCGUGUUCGGCCUGUAUCGCGGGCUACAGGUCGCAUCAGGAGGGCUGCAUCUCGUGCGAGAGCCACGGCGCGUGGUCACACGUCGUCGUCCUCCUGUACUUGGCCCUCCACGUGUCCCUCAUUGGCGUCGUGCAUUUCCUCUUCGUGAAGGCGAACUCGAGGAGAUCCACCUCCACGAGCCUCUUGCAUGCGGAGAUCGGUGUCUGCGAAUUACUCACCUUCCUGCAACUUAUCGAAGUGAUGCAGACCAUCACGGCCUGGUCCAAUCCGAUCGCCUGGCUGGACAUCUUUCAGCCCGGCUUUUGGCAGUCGAUGCCGGAAACCCAUUGCAUGGCCCAGAUGGACACGGCGACGAGGUAUGCCGUCCAGACUUUGCUCGUUCCUUUGUUCUUCAUAGUCGUUCCUUCAAUGUAUCACCUUCUCUUUAUGAUCGGAUGGCGCGACUUGGAGCUCCACCUCCUCGGGAGGACCAUUGGCACCAUCUUCGUGGUCUUCUUCAUUGCCAUGAUGUCGUGGCUUCUGGUGCCCUUCCGUUGUCAGACGCAUCCGACGGGCUUCCGGACUCUGCAGGCCUAUCCGGAGAUCGCCUGCAAUUGGGAAGACGAGCAUCUACAGAUGGUGCUGAUCUCCGGAAGUGGAUCACUCAUACCCUUGAGCUUUUUGGCCAUUUGCUUUUGGCUCAUGUGUCACUAUCCCAGUCGGCUCCAGAACGGUGACACCAAGUUCACCAGGUCAUGUGCCUUUCUCUCUCUGCGCUUGAGACCAGGGGAAGAGUUGAUCUCGCUCUUCCUGCUGGGCCGCAACGUGUUGCUGGUUCUGUGUCCUGUGCUACCAUCGGGCCGCAGGGCAGGCAUGUCUUUGUUGCUCACCGUGAGCUUAGUGGUUACCGUUCUCCGGUUGCCCUGGCGCGCGAAGGGCUCCAAUUUCAUCGAUGUGCUAAUGCAUUUUUGUGCCCUCUUCAUUCUGGACUUCUAUGGCGAAGCUCAAAGCAACGAUCCCUUGCCGGUGACGGUGGCUGUGAUGCUGGUGCUGGCAGCCUUCUUUGUGACCAUCAUCUAUGGAUUUGCCAGGUACUUCCUAGUGGUCCGCAAGAAACCUUUCAAGUUCUUUCUAUGCCAUCACAAGUCAGGAGCUGGGAGCCUGGCUCGGCUGAUCAAGAUGGAACUGCAACGAAGGAGCCCGGGCGUUCAGGUCUUCUUGGGCUCGGAACAGUUGACGGAUCUCACCAAGCCCUUGUGCUAUGUGGCCUACGAGGUGGAGAAUCUCAUCUUGUUGGGAACUGCUCAGGUCUUGACACAACGCUGGUGUGUGGCUGAACUGGUGAUUGCGCGAUUGCAGAAGAUCAAUUCCGUUCUGAUCCCGUUGCCGGACUUUCGCAUGCCCGAUGCCACCUUCAUCACCAACUACAUGACCAGUGUGCCGGACAUUAGCGACCUGGCGUCCUAUGGCAUCACGACUCAUGAGAUCAAAGAUACCAUCCUCUGGGUCUGUAAGUUGCCCUGCCUGCCGCUGGGCACCUUGGAACCUGCGUCCUUGAACCUGGUCCUUGGCGUGCUUGAACCGGAUCAAAACGGCACCGAGCUACACCUGAAUGAGUCGGCGAGGGUGGCGAUCCUAGCGGAUCCGGAGAAUCUUGGAGCCACUGCCACGGCCUAUGUGCUGUUGGGCUUGUUGGAGCCCCAUCUCAAUGCAUUUGGACUGGGAUCUUGCACGGUGCUGCGGCCAGGGCAAUCUCCCAGCAGAGGCGUGGCCUCCAUGCUCUUUCUCUGCUCAGAGACUUGCUGGGCCUCUGAGCAGAUCGUCCAGUGGCUCUGCAAGGCCUGUGAGAUGCCGGAGUGCUUCUUGUUGCCGGUCCUCAUCGGAGACCACUUCCAGUUCCCGAACGCGGAGGUCUUCAGUCGCCUCCUCGACCAGCAAGAGCUCACUGAUCCGGAAUUUUAUGAGACCUUUAUCGAAACCGUCUUCCUUGAGGCCGCAGGGACUUUCACUCCAACCCUGGCGGCUGGGUUGGACUUGGAGCUGCAAGCGGCGCGCCUGUGCCACCGGAUCCAAUCCAGGCUGCGGCCCCGCAUCGUUCGGCAAAACAGUGCGCUGGACAACGCAGGAGACCUUCUCAAGGCACAAUUCAAAAGGCAGGGCUCUGUCUUGCAGAGACUGGCCAGCUUUCUGAUGCCCAACAAGCGCGAAGCGGAGUCCAAUGGCCUGCAUGCCUCCUCCUCCGCUGGCUCCUUCUCCUCUGGAAUGUUUGGCAGUGAAGAGGCUCGGCCUAGCAGGCCAGAUCCCGAUGAGGAGACGACAUCUGUCUCCUUCUGA